GAUUUGUGGCAUCCAGCAGACUGGCAUUUAGCCCAUUCAAAAUCAAAUCAAACCACAAAGAGCACAAAACGUUUGGCUUUACAGGCAGUUUGCACAGCACAGGCAAACAGGCCAUUAAGUCCCCCCCAAACUGCCAAUUGGCAUACGAAUCUUCAUUUGCAUACAUCAAACAACACAUCAGACAACAGACACAAAAGCAAUUGGUCGAGGCAGAGCGACGACACUCUGGGAGGCAGGCAAAGGGAAUCCGAAUCAGCCCACAGUCGAUCCACAUCGGAUCAGCAGUCGACACGCGACUAUCCGCAGUUCAGCGGCGAACAUCAGAACGUACCGCCGCAGGUUGCGCCCAGCGUCAAGAUGUACCACAGCAGUGCCGUGGCGGCCUACACGGAUCUGGCCGGAAGUGCAGCCAGCGCUGGAGUAGGGGUGGGUGUCUCCGGCUACCACCACCAGCAGGCCGUCAAUGCACCCGUCUACGUGCCCUCCAAUCGCCAGUACAACCAUGUGGCGGCCCAUUUCGGGAGCGCGGCUGCAGCGCAGAAUGCCUGGACCACGGACAGCUUCGGAUCGGCGCAUGCGCAACUGCCGGCACAGUUCUACACCCAGAAUGCGGCCGUGAUGAUGGGUUCCUGGCGCAGUGCCUACGAUCCGACGGGAUUCCAGCGAUCCUCGCCCUACGAGAGCGCCAUGGACUUUCAGUUUGGCGAGGGACGCGAGUGCGUCAAUUGUGGAGCGAUCUCGACGCCGCUGUGGCGACGGGACGGCACGGGGCACUAUCUGUGCAACGCCUGCGGGCUGUACCACAAAAUGAACGGCAUGAACCGACCCCUAAUCAAGCCCAGCAAGCGCCUGGUGAGUGCAACGGCCACGCGGCGCCUGGGGCUCUGCUGCACCAACUGCGGCACCCGCACCACCACCCUCUGGCGGCGCAACAACGACGGGGAGCCCGUCUGCAAUGCCUGCGGCCUCUACUACAAGCUGCAUGGCGUCAACCGGCCGCUAGCCAUGCGCAAGGAUGGCAUCCAGACGCGGAAGCGCAAGCCCAAGAAAACAGGCAGCGGUUCGGCGGGAGGCACAGGAGCGGGAGCUGGCGCGGGUGCGGUCCUGGAGUCCAUUAAGGAGUGCAAGGAAGAGCACGAUAUCAAGCCUUCGCUUAGUCUGGAGCGUCACAGUCACAGCCUCAGCAAGCUGCACACGGAUCUGAAGAGCAGCAGCAGCAGCGCCGGCCUCAUGGGGCAACAUCAUGUCCAGCAGCAGCAGCAGCAACAGCAACAUCAGCAGGCCGCCCAUCAGCAGCAACAGCAGGCGCAUCAGCAGUGCUUCCCCCACUACGGACAGGCCGCGUCGCAGGCGCAGCAGCAGGCGCAACAUCAGCAGCACGGCCACGGGAUGAGCACUCCGACGGCGCAGUCGCAGCUGAGUGCCAGGCAGAUCCAUGGAGCCACUGGCUCCCAGCUGUACACGCCCGGCAGCAGUGCGGCAGGGGCAGGAUCUGGCGCCUCGGCAUACACCUCGCACAGCGUCGAGACGCCAUCGUUGAGCAAUGGCACGCCCUCGCCCCACUACCAGCACCAUCACCAUUUGGGGAGCUCCCAUGGCCACCAUGUGGCAGCUGCGGCCCAUCAUCACCUGCAUGCGGCUGCAGCGGCCGCCGCGUAUGGCGUGAAGACGGAGGCGACAGCCACCAACUACGAUUACGUGAACAACUGCUACUUUGGGGGUUCCUUCGGAGCGCUGGGCGGAGCAGCCUCGACCGCCGCCAUGGCGGGGGGAGCGGCCAGCGAGUUGGCCGGAUAUCACCAUCAGCACAAUGUCAUCCAGGCGGCCAAGCUGAUGGCCACCUCCUAAGGGCCAUCCCUUGUGGCUCUGUGAUCUCCCAUCCCCCACCACCCAUCCGUGUCCCCCUCUCCAGCAGCACCCGCACCAGAGAAAGUUCUCGUUGGAAUCGCAUUGAAAAGACUUUAGACGUUAGUCCUCCCAUUCUUAGCCUAAGAUUAGUUACCCCCAUGUGCCCUGUAAAUAACUACAUUAAUAGCAAGUCUUGUUGUACAAAUCUGCAUCUAUAUC